UCGGGCGGGCUCGACGGGAACCCCAGGAUCCGGUUGGGAUGUGCCCUCGUCCGGCGGGAGGCUCCGGGUGUAGGCGGGCUGUGGACGGAGAGGCCUGGUCAGACCGCUUCGAGCUGGCCUGUGUGCGCCUGAGACACCCCCACCUCCUGCGGUGUUUUGCUGUUCAGGUUCGCCGGUGCUUUGGGCUUUGUCUGCGUUGUCUUACCGAAACUGCUCUUAAGGGCAGGAAGCGCCCGGUAAUUGGAAGUGUGGAACGGUGUGACGAGCAAUGCCCGCAGGGGCACCAUCGAACAAAUGAGCCGAGAGGUGUCACAGGGAACAAUCAAUUGCAAUAAGGAAGCCGAGUGUUGCUGUUACGCCCAGAAUCAUACAAAGGCUGUCCGGCAGUAUGUUAAAAAAGAGUCCAAGAUGCCUGUUUAGAAAAGGUAAUCCUCAGACAGUUUAUCAAGUUCACCGGAAUCCAGGAAAUUCUGACAGUAAUACUUAUCAGAGUUUUCAGCAGAUGAGAAAUGCAAUGGAGAAAGAGAUAAAAAGCGAGAGAACGAGAGGAAACGGUCGAGAGUUAGCAUUCACCCUCAUGCCACUGUAUGCUCUUGGAGUGGGAAUGUUUGCAGCAUACAAACUUCUUAAGAUGAAGUCACAUGAGGAAAAUCACUCCAAAAAGGAAAAAAGUACAGAAGACAAGGCAAAGGAAACAGAGCAUCAGCUUUUAGAACUGGAGCAACAUCUUGCACAGACAGAGAAAAUGUUAAAUUCUUUAUUGACUCAGUUGGAUCCACUUUCAAACUGUGUCAAUGCUUUAGCUUGUGAGCAGAAAGAUGAAAUAAUGACACAGCUCCAAUCAAUUAGACGACUGAUGAAAGAAAGUGGAUUGGAUAAAUCAGAAAACAAGAUGAAAGAUCUUGGACACAUUUGUGAUGAGAAACUUGAAGAUCUCAUUCAGUCAUUUGCCGAACAUUCUCAAGAGAAAGAAAUGGACAACAGAGAAGAUGACUGUAAUGAAGAGCUGCUUGAGGAUAUCGAUAAUGAUUACAAAAUAGAAGAGCACGAAUUACACGGUGAAUGUGAAAUACAUCAGUUGGAGCCAGAUGUUGUAGAAGAUGAAGAAAUGAUAAGCAAAGAUACCAUUGAAUCAGAAGAGAUGGGACUGAGGAGACGCAGUAGAUAUGAAUGGAAUCUGCAUAUGUAAAACUUCCAAAAGCUUAUGAAUUCUUUUUAUAAUGUUGUAUGCACUUUAAACUGAAAUGAAGUUAUGUGCACUGCUAUAUGCUUUAAAAAGAGGGGUGAAAUACUGCCUUUGCUCGUAUCUAUGACAAUUCUGUAACUGACUUCAGUGGCAGCAGAAUUUUACUCAGGAUGUUUACAUAUUUUUUCUAUUUAUUUUUCCCUAUAAAAAUAUUUCUGUACUCUGUAUAUAAUGCACUGUAAUUAUAUCUGAUGCUUCACUAAAAUAUUAGAAUAUCUUCUAAUUGAGACUAUAAUGAAUAGAUGUUUCAUAAAUGUUUUGUAACUAGAAAGCAUUAUACCACUUGAACUGUGACUUUCUUGAGUUCAUUAAAGAGCAUGCACUGAUGAAUUCA